UAUAUUGCGCUUGCGUGCACUUGGGAUUGCACCUUUACCUCUACUACAGGAAGGAACGUUCAGCGAGUAAUUGUCAGAUACAGUUAGCGACUCUGCGGAGAAUUGGAUAAAAAUGUGGUACGAAAUGCUUCCACCGUUGUUCUUAAUAGGUUUGAUACCAGUUGCACCUCAAUAUUGGUCUGCUUUCGUGAAUCAGUUAAUAUUGGGAAAUCCAAUGCGUAGAAACAUGACUAAAGUAUGGGAUCGUCAUAUGUUUACACGAGACGGCCGUAUAGAUGGAGCACCAUGGAAACAUAGGGGACUAGAGAAUAUUCCUGAUGAUUAAGAGUACAAAUAAAUAUUUAUACAACAUGUUGUAGUAAUGAAACAUUGUGCAGAUAUGUAUUAAUUGUAAA